AUGAGUGUCUCUUCCUGGUUCCUGGUGAGUGGCGGGGGCAUGAGACACCGCCUCCCCUGGGAGAUGAUCUUCGUUGGUCGAGACGACUGUGAACUCAUGUUACAGGUAAAUCAUAUUUAGUAUUGUAGCGAGUCUAGAACUCGAACCCGGGUACUUGAGAAUGUCAGUCCAACACUGUAGCUGUUAUGGCAAGAGAUCCGAACCUCUUGACGAGGUCGCUAGGCGUGGUACUAGGUUUGCUAUAGUAUAAAUACAGAUGUGAAUGCAGUUCUAGCACAGCCUAGACCGUACUACCACUGCUAAUGUUAUGGAGGUGGUUCGAUGAAUCACUCUGGCGUGAUGUGUAACCUUGCCUGAAACCUGAAGAUGUGUGUUAGCUCCCCGAGCUGAUCUCUAGGCUUUAGCUCGGCGGGCUUACACAGUCUUGUCAAAAGAUCUGGGUUCGACCCUGGUGGGUCACACUGCUACAGGUGACUGUUGGACAGAAUGUAAUCUGUGUAAUCUGGAUUAUUGUGGCUUUAGUCACGCAGUGUGGACAAACAACAUGCAGUUAUCAACUAUGAGCCAACCACGGACGAACAUAAAGUCAAGGACCUGGGAAGCCUGAAUGGGGUGAGUAAGAUUUUUGAUAAAUAUGAUUAUGAAAUGAUUAAUGUGUUUCAUAAACUGUUAUAAACUGCUAACAAUGAUAUUCCUUUCCUUCCAGACAUUUGUGAAUGAUGUCAGAAUACAGGAGCAGGUGUAUAUCACUUUGAAAAUUGACGACAAGUUGAGGUUUGGAUAUGAUAUCCUGUCAUGGUGACAUUUUGUCUUUGAAGCUUAGCCUACAGUAAUUCAUUGAAACUUCAUCAAUACAUAAUGAAUGAGACCUACAAAAAAAGGAGUUCAAGACCAGAGUACGGGUAUAUAAAACUGUAAAGUAAUCACUAUUAAUAUGCUGCCUGAAAAAUCAUCUAACCUUUAAAACUUACUGCUGUGACUAAUGCAUAAUAGAUUCGCAUAUCUGUUUCUUGACUGUAAGCCGCUCUGAAUAAGACUGUAUGCCGCUAAAUUACUAAAAUGUAAAAUAUCUGUGCUAUCUCCUGUAAAGAGCUAAGCUUCUACUGUACAAUCUCCUUUCCUUAACCUGUCUCACAUACCAACCUGUUCACUGUGGUGCGAGGAGAGCUCCAUGUUCCCGAGGAAGCACUAAAGGUUGGUUGGACAGUAUGCUAAAGAAAUAGCUUUCUGUGUUUCUUCCCAUCCUAUCUCCUUGCCUUUUUCUCAACCGAAUUGGAGGAGAGGUUCCAAGAUCCCUCCCCUCGGACCUUCUUCUCGAAUGCAUUUUGAGAAGGAGGCGAGAAGAGAGGAUGCGAGGAAUCAAGGAAAUAUGAAUUGAGAAAGAGCCCCAGUAAAAUAUGCUUACAAAGUAGUAUGACAGAAAAGCUCUGAGAAAUGGCUUUUUCUGCAACAUUGGUUGAUGCAUGUUUAAUGGAGAUUAUGUUCCGUCAAGAAUGGCGGCGGUUUCUGCUGGAUGUAGCAAAACCUCACUGCUUUGUUCGAAUGACAAAAACAUACUUUAUGAGGAACUUGUUUCUCACUUGGAGGUACAUUGUUCAGUUAGGUCCGUCUGAAUCCUAACUUGAGUUCUACAUGCAUAACUUACUCAGAUUUGGCAUGAAUCAUGAACUGAUGUCAAGCACAGAUCUCAAGUAACAAGUAACAAGUUAAAAUGCUUAUAACCAAGUCUAUGACUACUGUAUAAUUUCACUGAUGGAAGGAUAGAUUGUGCCAUGUAUGUUGGUGCAUACAUAGAAAAGCUCCUUAUUAAACGUACCCUUAGGUAUGGCUACCUCUAAUUGUGUGAGCUCAACUCCUCUCUGUGUUGUCCUGUGUCCUCGUCUAUCAGCAUGAGAAGUUCAAUAGUCAGCUCCAGCUGCAGACGGUAAAGCCUCCAGAAGCUAUUUCAGUACCAUCCAGACCUGCAGUAGAGGUCAAGGCUGCAGCCGAGGGUGGCUCCGAGGGUGCGGUGGCAGUGGGUGGAAAACCGACUGAGACCAGCAGAGAGGGGACCGGGGAUGACAAGCUGACAGGUGAGAGGGUCUGCACUCUGCAUGGACCUUGGAGGGUGACACAGGUGACAGGAUUAGGUUAACAGAGGUGACUGGACUGGAUAACAGAGGUGACAGGACUGGAUAACAGAGAUGACAGGACUGGAUAACAGAGGUGACAGGACUGGUUAACAGAGGUGACAGGAUUUUGGCAAUGCCACACACCCACACAGUCUGUGCUGUGACAACCGUGUGUCCUGUAUUUUUAGGUUCCUACGCUAGGCUGUCACCUAAAUGCGAUUCUAAAGUGCUCUGACUUGUAGACAAAUUUGGAGGUCAAACUGUUCUGCCACAAUAUGUAUUUUGGGGACUUGUGUGGGUACAAAGUGCUAGUUCGAGUUUGCAGAGGUGUUUUUUUGUUUCUCAGGGGCCAAUUUUUUUUUUUUUUAACCUUUAUUUAACUAGGCAAGUCAGUUAAGAACAAAUUCUUAUUUACAAUGACGGCCUACACCGGCCAAACCCGGACGACGCUGGGCCAAUUGUCCCUAUGGGACUCCCAAUCACGGCCGGUUGUGAUACAGCCUGGAAUCGAACCAGGGGGUCUGUAGUGACGCCUCAAGCACUGAGAUGCAGUGUCUUAGACCGCUGGUCCACUCGGGAGACAAACUAGGAGGUCAGACUUGUUCUGUCACAAUAGUCUUUUGGAGAACUGUGUGGGAACAACAUUCCAUUUCAAAACAAAAUCCCUGUCUUUCUCACUGACCUUGUGGAUGGUGUCGUUUCUUUCCCAGGGGACAUUGCAGUACUAAAAAGGGGCACCCCUCUGUACGGCCAGCCUUCCUGGUGGGGGGACGGGGACGCAGACGAUGAGAACUCUGGGAAGCAGGACGGGACGACAACUGACAGGAAGCAGGAGAGAUCUGAGUCAGGUAGAUGCUGUCUAGCCUGGAAUACAGACUGAAGUUAGCUGUGUUUCACUUUGUCUGUCUGUCUGCCUGUGUCUGUCUGUCUGUCUGUCUGUCUGCCUGUUUAUACAUCAAAAACCCUACCAGAUAACAAUAGACUUUUGCCUUUCUGGUAGCAUAUAUGACAACAAUUGAAUCUCAAAGUCUAAGUCCUUAUAUUACGCCAUCUUGAUAUCUGCUUGAAACGACAGAUGGUAAAGAACCCAAGGAGACAACAGCAGAGGCCCAGGAGAAUGGCCUGUACACCUCAAGCCAGGAGCCCAGUUACUUCGAGAUCCCCUCCUAUACCAACAAACCCCCCUCCCAAGACACGGAAGGCGCCACCGCCGCUAACCCCGCCUCCGGCCCUGAAGCCGGCCCCCAGGGCCACGCCUCCUUCACCAUUGAGUUUGACCUGCAGGCGUCCAAUAAGGUGACUGUUAAGGACCGGGUGGCGAAGGUGGCGCCGGAGGUGAGGCCACGGCCCCCUAAGAAGGGCGCGGGAGAGGAGCUGAGCGCCCUGCAGACGGCCAUGGUGGCGGCGGAGGUGAAAGUAGCUGAUUGGUUGGCCCAGAACGAGAUCCCAUUGGCCCGUACGGAGUCGGUUGACAGAGUGGUGGAGGACGACGGGGAGAGCGUGAAGAGUGAUGUGCCGGUUCAGCUGAGGAGUCUUAAAGGUACGACCAACCAACCAAUCACCAUGAGAAUAGAAUUUUGAUCAUAUAUGCAUUAUUUUUCUGUCAGCUAGUCCUCUUGCCAUUGCAUUACAUAGCACUACACAGUUAUUACACUAUGGGCCAGUUUCCCAAACACAGAUUAAGCUUAGUCCUUAAUUAAAAAGCAUGCUCAAUGGAUAAUCUCCAUCGAAAGUGCUUCAUAGUCUAGGACUAUGCUUAAUCGGUGUCUGGGAAACCAACCCAAUGGGUUCAUAGCAUUAUAACGGCACACACCAAACUUCCAACACCCUUCUCUCUCGUUUCAGGUAGUAAACACGAGGACGGCACCCAGAGCGACUCAGAGAACACAGCCGCGCUGGGAGAGCAACGCCGGGCCGCCCUCGAGGACCACUCCAGGGUGCUGUGGGGCGGCCGACUAGAAGGGUCAGGGGUCAAGAUCCGAGAGGGGCGCGCCAACGUCCCAGAGGGACUCUUUGCCGAGGAAGACAGCCCCUCCCGACGACACAGGUCCUCAGCUUCCAAAAUGGCACCCAUCGGAGGAGAGUUAGGAGAGAGAGAGAGGACCAAGGAUUCGGUUCCGUACCACCGCGACCAACACCAACCGAUAGGACUUGGGGAGGGGUUCCAUAAUCGCCAAGGAGACGACUAUAGCGACCGGGGGACCUAUACCAUAGAGAUAGAGAACGAAGAUAACCAAGAGGAGGAGGCCAGGAGGAUGAUUGACAAGGUGGGAUGGUCAAUAGGACUUUAAUGAGCUUAAACUGUCAUUUGAAUCCUGUUUCAUCUGAAUAACUAUUUUACACAGACAUGAGUCCCAUAAUUUGUGUCUUUUCGUCAUUGUUAUGGCUUCUUUCUUACUGCAAGUGGUAUUGUGCACUAAGCCCACAUUAUUUUGACCUCAUGGUUGAAUGUUUGGUUGAAUGUUUAUUUAUGUCCAUGUUCUGGUCCAGGUAUUUGGUGUGGAGGACUACCAGGCUCUGUCCAGGGUGGGGGGCUAUCCUGACGUCCAGAGAGAUAGACUGGCCACUCAGAGACCAGGCUCAGGAGACAGAGGCAAGCCUGGACGUAUCGAACCAGAGGUAACAGCAUUUCUGUCUGUCUACACAGACUCUCCAUUGCAGAGGACUGAAGGAGUUCACAGACACUAACUAUAACUUUGCUAUAUUUAUUAUUUGAAGUAGUCCGAAGCGUUUUACCUGUAAAUAAUAGAUGUGUACAUGCCACUGUGACACUCUGACUAGUAGAGUUUGUCCUUGUCUUCCCUUUCCUCCAGUCUGUCCCCUGUAUGUUGGUGACUGGGGGUUGUGUAAUGAGGCUUCUCCCCUGUUUGUCCUCUAGUCUCUCGCAGAAGAGCUGGUGGUGGGUGGUCCCAGGUGGGUCUCUCAGUGGGCUACUCUGGCAGCCAGCCACAUCAGGACAGACCCUGAGGGCUCUGGAGCUGAGUCCCACGUCCACUACCACACUGAGGACAGAGGUACUACUGCUGGGUUUAGACUUGUUCUGAAAUUGAAGUGCUUUGCUGUUUUUCAGUUGUUGUUGUAUUUAUGUAUUAGUCAUACCACUUACUUCAGUAUAAAGACAAAAGUAACUAGAAUAAAGAAAAGAGCGUUGGGUAAUUAUAUUGUCAAUAUAUGAGAGUUAGUUACAUACAGUAGAUAUUAUAGUGUAGAAAUUAUUUUUUUAUACCCUGUCUCCCUAUAGCUGAGAUCAGUGAGUCCAGUCACUCUGCCUCCAUGGCCUCCUCCAGCUAUACAGAGCGCAAGAGGAGAACCCUGCCCCAGCUCCCCUCCACCGAGGAGGAAACCCCAGGGGGGAGGAGAUCCCCUGGUCCAGCUCUCCGCCCCUCUGACGUGGGGGAGAAACAGGACACUGAGCUCCAGGAAAAGGAGAACCAGGAGAUGGGGAGAGGAGGGAGGACCAAGCCUUGUGGAGGUGGUGGGGGUAGCCAGGCAGGUAGUGUGGGUGGAAGCACCAGAGGAAGUCCGAAAAGAGGCUCUCCAGCGAAGAACCAAGAUGCGGGAAGCCGGAAAGAAACUGUGUCGGCGAAACUGCCUCCUCGGCCAGUGAGUAGCGGAGGGAAGAGACUCGAGGAGGCACGGAGGAGGAAGAAGGAGAUGGAGGAGAAGGCUAAAGAAAGGGAGAGCGCUGGGAAGCCACUUCUUAGACAAGAGAGCUUUACGGUGGAGAGACCAAGCGCCAAUGUCCCCCAGGAGCUCAUCCCACGGAUUGACUCACAAACUGGGGCACGAAUACUGACAAAGGAGGGUAGGGUGGAUAGUACCACCCUGCAGAAGGACUCAGAGGCGGUGGCUGCGUUUCUGGAGACGACGGUAUCAGACCUUGGUGAACCAAUUAGCCAGUCCAUCGAGGGGUCAUUGUCGCCCGAGUCGGACGUGGACACCACCAGCACCGUUAGCCAGGCAGCGGGCGUCGGAGGGCGGAAGGUGGUCCACCAGAAGAGACGUACCCUAACAGCCCAGCAGAAAGAGAGGGAGAAGACGGUGCUGUGUUCCUCCACCAAGGGGCCUACCAGAGCCAGAGAUUCCCAGGAUAGGAAACCCAAAUCCAGACCGUCUGGAGGGCAAGGGACCCGCCAGGCUGGUCGUGCCUGGACCUCCCUGGAUCUAACAGAUGACGACGUCAACUCCAACUCCCUCCUCUCCGACUCCCAACCGUCCAUACAGGAGGUUAGCUCCCACAGUUCCCACGCCAGAACCCAGACCGGAAGCGCCAGAGUGGAGGCUAGCACCAAGGCUAGCCGGGCUAAAAACACCCAGGCAUCCAGCACCACCACAACCACCCUCAGUAAACCUACCACCACCUUGCCCAAGGUGCGGCCCACCCGGGCCUCGAUACUCAGACGUGCCCGUUUGGGGGACUCCUCCGAUACCGAACCAGCCGACAUGGACCGGAUGUCCGUAGCGUCCGAGGCUAGCACCACUAGCUCCAGGUCCACGGCUCCUGGACCAGGGUUCCGGAGGGGCCUGUCCCGCAUUGAGGCCCUGGCCCAGCCCAGGAGGCCCAGGAUGGGAUCUCCGUCUGCCCAGAGUGACUCAGAGGCCACGGGUGGCCGGAGCCGGGGGAUAGGGGCUCGUAGCGUUGCUACCGACUACGCCAUCCGACAGGGACUGAGAGGAGUCAGCAACACGGGAGGGGUAGUACAAAGGGCCAGGGCUAACAGCGCCUCCAAACUACCUGACAAGUCUAAGGGCUACAUCACCCCCACAGGUAACAUACUGUACUGUCUGAUACAGAGGUAGUGUUUCUGAGUGACUGUUCUCUAGUAACUUGUCCACUGCAAUGUUUGAUUUUGUAUUAUGUUUGUGCUAUAGUCUUUUUGUAGGUUCUGUCAUUAUUGAGCAUCUUUAUGUACAUUUAUAUGAGUAAAAUCUCUUCUCUAUGGACAGUUGUGUGUAUCUACUAGUGGUAAAGACCUAUAUCACUACUACUACUACUGACAAAACAUCUUCUCUUGACUCCAGCUGGUGGCCAGUGGCGCCGGAUGCCCAUGGACUACGCCUCCACCUCUGAGGACGAGUUCGGCUCCAACCGCCACCCGUCCAAGCACGGCGGUCCCGCCCGGCAGUUUGCUUCGCCGCGGCUGACCCAGCUGGGUGGCUCCGCCCCUGCCACACCCAGUCCGGGGGGUAUAGCAGCUCUGAGGCAGCAGUCAGCAGGCAGAGAACAGGAGGAGUACAUGAAGGACUGGACCGCUCACAGUGAAGAGAUUGCCAGGUAUGGAGGAGCAGGCUGUACUGUACACAUACAGAGAUACUGUAUUCACACUGGCUUCCAGUCAUGCCUAACUACUGUAGCGCAAAAUAGUACACACAUCUACUGAAUAUAAUAGGGUUAAUUCUAUAGAGGAGCAAAUGACUUUGAGAACCAGUAUAACCUCGAAAGUAUCCAUUUUGCAACAUUAAUUAUUUGAUUUGAUGCACUAUAUACACAAUAAUACACUAUACAAGUCAAAUCAAGGGUAUUUAACUGAUUCGUUCCCUGUAUGUUGACAGGAUCAGUCAGGACCUAGCCAAAGACCUGGCCAUGUUGGCCAGGGAGAUCCAUGACGUGGCCGGAGAAAUCGACUCAGUCAGCCCAGCCGCUAGUGCUGCCACUGACCCAGGAGCCAUGGUACUACACAUCCCACGAUGCAAUACUCCCACUCUAUGUAGCCGUUGACAUCAGUCAUGAUUUCCCCAAAAGUCUGAGCUACAUGUACAUAUCAGGGCCCAUAUUCAUCAAGUGUCUCAGAGUAGGAGUGCUGAUCUAGGAACAGGUCCCGCCUGUCUAUUCAAUAUGAUCUCAAUUCUAAAAACUGAGCCUAGAUCUGUACUCCUAUCAGACGCUAUAUGAAUAUGGGCCCUGAAUCCUGCUCCUUGUGAAUAUUGUGGAUAUAUAUAUAUAUAUAUAUAUAUAUAUAUAUAUAUAUAUAUAUAUACAGUACCAGUCAACUGUUUGGACACACCUACUCAUUCCAAGGUUUUUCUUUUUUUUAAACUAUUUUCUACAUUGUAGAAUAAUAGCGAAGACAUUGAAACUAUGAAAUAACACAUAUGGAAUCAUGUAGUAACCAAAAAAGUGUUAAACAAAUCUAAAUAUAUUUUAUAUUUGAGAUUCUUCAAAUAGCCACCCUUUGCCUUGAUGACAGCUUUGCACACUCUUGGCAUUCUCUCAACCAGCUUCAUGAGGUAGUCACCUGGAAUGCAUUUCAAUUCACAGGUGUGCCUUCUUAAAAGUUAAUUUGUGUAAUUUCUUUCCUUCUUAAUGCGUUUGAGCCAGUCAGUUGUGUUGUGACAAGGUAGGGGGGUAUACAGAAGAUAGCCCUAUUUGGUAAAAGACCAAGUCCAUAUUAUGGCAAGAACAGCUCAAAUAAGCAAAGAGAAACGACAUUCCAUCAUUACUUUAAGACAUGAAGGUCAGUCAAUAUGGAAAAUCUCAAGAAUUUUGAAAGUUUCUUCAAGUGCAGUCGCAAAAACCAUCAAGCGCUAUGAUGAAACUGGCUCUCAUGAGGAUGGCCACAGGAAUGGAAGACCCAGACUUACCUCUGCUGCAGAGGAUAAGUUCAUUAGAGUUACCAGCCUCAUAAAUUGCAACCCAAAUAAAUGCUUUACAGAGUUCAAGUAACAGACACAUCUCAACAUCAACUGUUCAGAGGGUACUGUGUGAAUGAGGCCUUCAUGGUCUAAUUGCUGCAAAGAAACCACUACAAUAAGAAGAAGAGACCUGCUUGGGCCAAGAAACACGAGCAAUGGACAUUAGACUGGUAGACAUUUCUCCUUUGGUCUGGAGUCCAAAUUGGAGAUUUUUGGUUCCAACCGCCGUGUCUUUGUGAGACGCGGUGUGGGUGAAUGGAUGAUCUCCGCAUGUGAGAUUCCCACCAUAAAGCAUGGAAGAGGAGGUGUUAUGGUGUGGGGAUGCUUUGCUGGUGCCACUAUCUGUGAUUUAUUUAGAAUUCACGGCACACUUAACCAGCAUGGCUACCACAGCAUUCUGCAGCGAUACGCCAUCCCAUCUGGUUUGGGCUUAGUGGGACUAUCAUUUGUUUUUCAACAGGACAAUGACCCAACACACCUCCAGGCUGUGUAAGGGCUAUUUUACCAAGAAGGAGAGUGAUGGAGUGCUGCAUUGUUUAACACUUUUUUGUUUACUACAUGAUUCCAUAUGUGUUAUUUCAUAGUUUUGAUGUCUUCACUAUUAUUCUACGAUGUAGAAAAUCGUAAAAAUAAAGAAAAACCCUUGAAUGAGUAGGUGUGUCCAAACUUUUACUGGUAGUGUAUAUAUAUCAGAAAAUGAAUGACCUUGUAUUGGGUGCUUUGCCCAGUUGGAGGAGCAUGUUUUUGACGAUGGCUUGGAUCUGGGGAGUGGCCCGUCAACAGAGAGCAUUCUGGGUAAUAACGUCCGCCCCGUGGAGCUCCGGCCACGCAACUCUAACAGACAGGGUCCCCGCGCCAUUCGCCGCCAGACCUGGAACAGAGAGGAUGUGAGUUGUUGCCGUUUGGAAUCCAAACAAAAAAUAAUAAUAAUUGAACGUCUUUGAUUGUACGCUAGUUUAGCCUGGUUUUCAGUCUGUUUCAGCUUGUCUUUAGCCAAUGUGUGUUUAUAAUCUACUAAAUGGCAUAUUAUAUAUAUAUAUAUAUAAUGACAAUGGCAUACAAGUUGAGCUAAAGCAAGCAGACUGGCACCCAGCCAACAUUACUAGUUUGAGAUAAAGAAGUUUGAAAAACAGUCGUUUGAGAGAGAGACAAAACACAGCCAAAAAACCAAAAGGACUUGAUGUCAGGGUGAAUUGACCCUAUUCCAUCAGAAACCUACUGUAUUAUUGAUGAAAACGUGUGUAAGAGAGUGUGUGUGCCGUUGAGAUCCACUAGGUGGCUCUGCUCCCUUUAUGUCACAAUAGAUCACAUUCACUCCCCAAGACAGUGAACUCUUCAACCUGACCAGACAUAUGCCUGAGUGUAAGGGGCAGAGCAGAGUUGUCCAUUGAGUGUUUGUUUAUUUUGAUAACCACAUCUUUACCAUGUUAAUAACACAUUUAUUAGUAUAUUAAUGAUGGAUGUAUUUGCUAGUUUCUGGGAGAUUUGGGCAAAAAUAUGCUGUAUAUCUAAUAUUCGUAUGGUUUUCUGACUGCAUAUAGCCUUGGUAUCGCUGGCUAUCCUAGUUAUUAUGCUAUUGUUGGUGUUUACUGAAACACCUCUUACAUAAGACCUCUUAUUUUCCGUGUUGUUUCCUCUCAGGCGGUGUUGGACAGUUUACUAUUAGCAUCUGUGACCCAGCUCUCUGCACGGGUACGCCAGUCUGUGGACAAAACAGCAGGCAAAAUCAGGUAGGCAUCACCUUUCAUCACGAUUUAUUCAAAGAAAAGGAAUGUGAAAUAAUAAAUUCCCUGAUUUCGACAAUGAAGAGUUAGGAGUGCUUUAUGAGUUGCAAGAAAAACACAAGCAGUGUGAAAUAAUAGGCUAGCAUUUGACUUUGAAUUAAUUUUAUUCCAAAUACAUGCAGCUACCUGCUGUGCUUAGAACUAGAUCAAAUCUGGAUAAUGACGAAGAAGAAUUAGUAGUGUAUAUUGUUGUAUAAGAUAUGAUGGACUGUAUCCCAGAAAAUAUCAUCAUUUGCAUAUUAUGAAUGGCACUUCAUAAAGGUUAAGAUGACAACUUGCAACACCCAUCCUCACUUUUUAGACAUCAGAAACCACUUUCAUUUCCCCCCUCAACCCAUUUCACACAAAUUAAAUCACUCAACAUGUUCAUAUAACAGACAUUUUUCCAGUUUAUUUUUGAAAACGUGUACUUUUUUCUCCAGGAUAUUAUUCAAAGAUAAGGACCGGAAAUGGGACGAGAUUGAGAAUAGACUCCAAGCCGAGCGUGACUCUCUACUCCUCAAGACUUCCAGCACGGUAAGGUGCCAGACCCCUACUGUCCUUACCUCACACUCCCUUGCUGUACCACCCAGCUGCUGUGAUAAAUGACUGCAGAGGGCAGGCGGACCUAGUUUUUAUUAGUCAUAUGUACGGGAUACAGACCUCAUGCGUCAAUAACGUCUGCCCAACGGUAGGAGAGUGAACAGCUCGUGGCUGGGGUGUGUGGAGUCCUUGAUGAUGCUGCAGGCCUUCCUCAGGCACCAUUUUGAGUAGAUGUCCUGGAUGGGUGGGAACACGGUCCCAGUGAUGUACUGGGCCGUCUUCACCACCCACUGGAGGGCCUUGCGGUCGUGGGCGGAGCAAUUCCCGUACCAGGCCGUGAUGCAACCGGUCAGGACGCUCUCGAUAGUGCAAGAGAAAUGCCUGGUAAAAAUCUAAACACAAACCAAAGAGUGCUUAUUUGGGGUGAUGAUGCAACAAAACUUUGGGAUGGUAAAUAUUUGAUGAGUUCUACCACCAUCUGGGUAGCUCGGAGUAGGUUUAAAGGCCAUCCUCGCCUUAUUGUGCUGUUGCAUUAAUCAUGUCUGUUAAGCCUGACAAACACCCAGAUGUAGCAGGAAGACCUAAACAGAAGGUGGUAAGGGGGUGAGGUACGGACGUGUUUCUCAAACCUUUCCCCGGUCUGCACAGUCACAUUUGUUUAAUUGAAAUGUGAGUUGGCAUCACUUCCUCUCAAUUCUGGAAGUAUAAGUUAUGACGUUUCGUGAUUGUAAUAAAGUAUUUUGAUAUCCACUUUAAUUGAUGAGGUUUGAGACUCCCCCCACCCCACCCAGUCUCUCUCUCUCUCUACCACUCUCUCUCCCCCUCCCUCUCUCUCUCUCUCCCUCUCUCUCUCUCUCCCUCCCUCUCUCUCGCUCUCUCUCUCUCUCUCUCUCUCUCGCUCUCUCUCUCUCUCUCGAUUGUAAUAAAGUAUUUUGAUAUCCACUUUAAUUGAUGAGGUUUGAGACUCCCCCCACCCCACCCCGUCUCUCUCUCUCUCUCUCUCUCUCUCUCUCUCUUCCCAUUCACUCUCUCACUCCCUGUCUUUCGCUGUCUCUGAGAGUAUAACAUUCCACAACAGUAUCAAACAUCACAUCAGAAGCAAGUGCCAAUUUCGGGGGGGGGAACGGCGAUAAUAUGUCCAUCCUGGGAUUUGAACCGACAACCUUUCUGUUGUUGUUGUUGUUGUCGGUGGUGGUGUUGUAUAAAGAAGGUAACAGGUGAGGACAUCAAUGUCUUAUCGUGAUGGGUAUCCCUUCUUCAAUUCCCUAACCAAUUUUCAUGUUUUUGUUUGUUGUGUGGUUGUUAACCAGGAGAUCACCACCAUCCUCCAGGACCUGAAGAGAGUGGAGAGACAGUUACUAGGUCUGAGUCCUGAGACAGUCAUACACCAUUUCAUUUCAGCAGUAUAUAGUACAAGUCAUAGAGCUAUACAGAUAGCAUCUGCAUAUAGCAUCCAUAUUCAUACGUAUUUCAUCAUAUCAAUCAUCACAUUUUUAUAUAAAUAAAUCUUCCAUUCUCUGAUGAUUGUUUGCUUGCUUGACUGACUGACUGAUUGACAGACCUCCUCUUUGAUUGACUGAUUGACAGACCUCCUCUUUGAUUGACUGACUGACAGACCUUCUCCUCUUUUUUUAUUUUUAUUUCACCUUUAUUUAACCAGGUAAGCCAGUUGAGAACAAGUUCUCAUUUACAACUGCGACCUGGCCAAGAUAAAGCAAAGCAGUGCGAUAAAAACAACAACAACACAGAGUUACACAUGGGAUAAAACAAAACAUACAGUCAAUAACACAAAAGAAGAUCGAUAUACAGUGUGUGCAAAUGUAGUAAGUUAUGGAGGUAAGGCAAUAAAUAGGCCAUAGUGCAAAAUAAUUACAAUUUAGUAUUAACACUGGAAUGAUAGAUGUGCAGAAGAUGAUGUGCAAAUAGAGAUACUGGGGUGCAAAUGAGCAAAGUAAAUAACAAUAUGGGGAUGAGGUAGUUUGGUGGGCUAAUUACAGAUGGGCUGUGUACAGGUGCAGUGAUCGGUAAGCUGCUCUGACAACUGAUGCUUAAAGUUAGUGAGGGAGAUAAGAGUCUCCAGCUUCAGAGAUGUUUGUAGUUCGUUCCAGUCAUUAGCAGCAGAGAACUGGAAGGAAUGGCGGCCAAAGGAGGUGUUGGCUUUGGGGAUGACCAGUGAGAUAUACCUGCUGGAGCGCAUACUAUGGGUGGGUGUUGCUAUGGUGACCAAUGAGCUAAGACAAGGCAGGGAUUUGCCUAGCAGUGAUUUAUAGAUGACCUGGAGCCAGUGGGUUUGGCGACGAAUAUGUAGUGAGGGCCAGCCAACGAGAGCGUACAGGUCACAAUGGUGGGUAGUAUAUGGGGCUUUGGUGACAAAACGGAUGGCACUGAGAUAGACUACAUCCAAUUUGCUGAGUAGAGUGUUGGAGGCUAUUUUGUAAAUGACAUCGCCGAAGUCAAGGAUCGGUAGGAUAGUCAGUUUUACGAGGGCAUGUUUGGCAGCAUGAGUGAAGGAGGCUUUGUUGGGAAAUAGGAAGCCGAUUCUAGAUUUAACUUUGGAUUGGAGAUGCUUAAUGUGAGUCUGGAAGGAGAGUUUACAGUCUAACCAGACACCUAGGUAUUUGUAGUUGUCCACAUAUUCUAAGUCAGACCCGCCGAGAGUAGUGAUUCUAGUCGGGCAGGCGGGUGCAAGCAGCGUUCGAUUGAAGAGCAUGCGUUUAGUUUUACUAGCAUUUAAGAGCAGUUGGAGGCUACGGAAGGAGUGUUGUAUGGCAUUGAAGCUCGUUUGGAGGUUUGUUAACACAGUGUCCAAUGAAGGGCCAGAUGUAUACAAAAUGGUGUCGUCUACAUAGAGGUGGAUCUGAGAGUCACCAGCAGCAAGAGCGACAUCAUUGAUAUACACAGAGAAUAGAGUCGGCCCGAGAAUUGAACCCUGUGUCACCCCCAUAGAGACUGCCAGAGGUCCAGACAACAGGCCCUCCAAUUUGACACAUUGAACUCUAUCUGAGAAGUAGUUGGUGAACCAGGCGAGGCAGUCAUUUGAGAAACCAAGGCUAUUUAGUCUGCCAAUAAGAAUGCGGUGAUUGACAGAGUCGAAUGCCUUGGCCAGGUCGAUGAAGACAGCUGCACAGUAAUCGUUUAGGACCUUUAGCGUGGCUGAAGUGCACCCAUGACCAGCUCGGAAACCAGAUUGCAUAGCGGAGAAGGUACGGUGGGAUUCGAAAUGGACGGUGAUCUGUUUGUUAACUUGGCUUUCAAAUACUUUCGAAAGGCAGGCCAGGAUGGAUAUAGGUCUGUAACAGUUUGGAUCUAAAGUGUCACCCCCUUUGAAGAGGGGGGGGGGGGCAGCGGGGGGGGCACAGCCAGGUGGAAAGCAUGGCCAGCCGUAGCAAAAUGCUAAUUGAAAAUUCUCGAUUAUCGUAGAUUUAUCGGUGUGACAGUGUUUCCUAGCCUCAGUGCAGUGGGCAGCUGGGAGGAGGUUCUCUUAUUCUCCAUGGACUUUACAGUGUCCCAAAACGUUUUGGAGUUAGUGCUACAGGAUGCAAAUUUCUGUUUGAAAAAGCUAGCCUUUGCUUUCCUAACUGAUUGUGUAUAUUGGUUCCUGACAUCCCUGAAAAGUUGCAUAUCGCGGGGGCUGUUCGAUGCUAAUGCAGUACGCCACAGGAUGUUUUUGUGCUGGUCAAGGGCAGUCAAGUCUGGGGUGAACCAGGGGCUAUAUCUGUUCUUAGUUCUGAAUUUUUUGAAUGGGGCAUGCUUAUUUAAGAUGGAGAGGAAAGCACUUUUGAAGAACAACCAGGCAGCCUCUACUGACGGAAUGGGGUCAAUAUCCAUCCAGGAUACCCGGGCCAGGUCAAUUCGAAAGGCCUGCUCGCUGAAGUGUUUUAGGGAGCGUUUGACAGUGAUGAGGGGGUGGUCGUUUGACCGCGGACCCAUUACGGACGCAGGCAAUGAGGCAUGAUCACUGAGAUCCUGGUUGAAGACAGCGGAGGUGUAUUUAGAGGGUAAAUUAGUCAGGAUGAUAUCUAUGAGGGUGCCCAUGUUUACGGAUUUAGGGUUGUACCUGGUAGGUUCCUUGAUAAUUUGUGUGAGAUUGAGGGCAUCUAGUUUAGAUUGUAGGACGGCCGGGGUGUUAAGCAUAUCCCAGUUUAGGUCACCAAGCAGUACGAACUCUGAGGAUAGAUGGGGGGCAAUCAAUUCACAUAUGGUGUCCAGGGCACAGCUGGGGGCUGAGGGGGAUCUGUAGCAAGCGGCAACAGUGACAGACUUAAUUCUGGAGGGGUGGAUUUUUAGAAGUAGAAGCUCAAACUGUUUGGGCACAGACCUGGAUAGUAUGAUAGAGCUCUGCAGGCUAUCUCUACAGUAGAUCUCCGCCCCCUUUGGCAGUUCUAUCUAGACGGAGAAUGUUGUAGUUGGGGAUGGACAUUUCAGAGUUUUUGGUGGUCUUCCUAAGCCAGGAUUCAGACACUGCUAGAACAUCAGGGUUGGUGGAGUGUGCUAACGCAGUGAGUAACUCAGACUUAGGGAGGAGGCUUAUGAUGUUAACAUGCAAAAAAACAAGGCUUUUACGGUUACAGAAGUCAACAAAUGAUAGCGCCUGGGGAGUAGGAGUGAUAUUGGGGGCUACAGGGCCUGGGUUAACAUCUACAACACCAGAGGAACAGAGGAGGAGUAGAAUAAGGAUACGGCUAAAGGCUUUAAGAACUGGUCUUCUAGUGCAUUGGGUACAGAGAAUAAAAGGGGCAGAUUUUCGGGUGUUGUAGAAUAGAUUCAGGGCAUUAUGUACAGACAAGGAUAUGGAAGGAUAUGAGUACAGUGGAGGUAAACCUAAGCGUUGGGUAACGAUGAAAGAGAUAACAUCACUGGAGGCACCGAUUGAGCCGGUCUCCGCGUGUAUGGAGGGUGGGACAAAGGAGCUCUCUGAGGCUGGUUGAGCGGUACUGGGGGCUCUACAGUGAAAUUGUAUAAUAAGAACUAACCGGAACAGCAAUAGGCAAGGCAUAUUGACAUGGGAGAGAGGCAUAAAGCAAUCACAGGUGUUAUUCGAGAGAGCUAAGACAACAACUGGAAUGGCGACGAAAGUUUGGGCUGAGGCUAAACAGAUAAACAGGACAGAUAAACAGGAUGGGGGUACCGUGUAAAGGAACAGUCCAGCAGGCAUCAGCUGUGCAGCUGAGUGAUCAUAAGGUCCAGUGAACAGCAAUUGGUGAGACCGGGAGCAGUUCGAAUAGCUGCUACAGCACAGGCGAGCAGGAAGCACGGCUGUUGAUUGCGUGUGCUAGCGGGCCGGGGCUAGCAGAUGGAUCUUUGUGGUCGUCGCAACGGGAAGCCUUUUGAAACCACAUCAGACGAUUACGUCGGCAGACCAGUCGUGAUGGAUGGGCGGGGCUCCGUGUCGAAACUAGGAGGUCCCGUCCGGUUGACAGAGAGGUAGAUAGCCGGGAGAUGGGCCUGGCUCGAGGCUAGCUCAAGGCUAACUGGUGCUUGCUUCGGGGGCAGUGGUGAUUAGCCAACAACAUCCAUUCGGUUGCAGCCAGCUAGUUGCGAUGAUCCGGUGUUAAGGUCCAGUGAUUCAGUGAUUCCAGCAGAAAAUCCGAUAUGUUCUUGGUUGAUAGCGCGCUGUGCACACAGUGCAGACUGGCCGAUAAUAGUCCAGGCUAGAGCUGGCUGGUAGGUAGUGCAUGCCACGGACAAUGGUGAAAACCGCUAACGGUGGCUAAUAGCAAGUAGCUAGUUAGCUGGCUAGUUUCAACUGGAGGUUCUGGAUAAAAAGGUUAAAGAAAUAAUAGAAUCCGUUGAAGGACGAAAAGUGUGAUUGAGAAAUAUAUACGAAAGAGACAAAAAAAAAAAAAAACUGGCUAUUUACACGGACAUACUACAGAGUACACGACCGCACUUCUACGCCAUCUUGGAACUUAGUUGACUGAUUGAUAGACCUUCUCCUUCUCCUCUUUGCUCCACAGUGAUUGAUGUGAUGGUGGAUCCGGACGGCACCCUGGAUGCCCUCACCAGCCUGGGACUGACCAGCCCUCUGACCGACCUGCAGAGGGUCAGUCCUGGGGCAGCGGGACCCUCCGCUGCGGGUCACCCUCCUGGAGGUAGUAGUGGAGAAGGCCCCUCUAGCAGCACCCUGUCGGCCCCCAGCGGUGGCCCCUCCUCGGGGGCCUCAGGCACCUCUACCCAGGUUGCAGAGAGAGACCUGGGACUCCAUGUGAAUAAUAACCUGCCUUCUAGUGGUGGAGAACAGAACUGUGUGGUUCAUAAAUGA